UCGCGUGGUGGUUGUGGCUGAGGUAGUUUUGAGUCGGCGUUGGAACGCCGCGGCCGCCCGUCUCGGUAGAUAGAACGUGGGCGAGGUACGAAGAUGCUGGUCUCCAAGGAGGUUCCUUGGCGGCGCCUUCGGGGCAUUUCUUUCGGGAUGUACUCGGCCGAAGAACUCCGGAAAUUAAGUGUCAAAUCCAUCACAAACCCUCGAUAUGUGGACAAUGUGGGGAACCCCUCAGUGAAUGGAUUGUAUGAUUUGUCCCUGGGACCAGCCGACUCCAAAGAAGCGUGUUCCACCUGCGUGCAGGACUUUGGCAACUGCCCUGGGCACCUGGGCCACAUCGAGCUCCCCCUGUUGGUCUACAACCCUCUGUUCUUUGAUAAGCUCUACCUGCUGAUCCGAGGCUCCUGCCUGAACUGCCACCUGCUGACUUGUCCCCGACCCGUGGUUCACCUCCUCUACUGCCAGCUUCGGGUCCUCGAGGUUGGGGCGCUGCAGGGCGUCUAUGAACUUGAGAGCACUUUGAACAGGUUUCAAGAAGAAAACCCUGAUGCUUCCAUCUGUGAGAUUCAGGAGGAGUUAGAGCGGCACACCCGGGCCAUCCUGGAGAACAACCUGCUGGGAGCCCAGGGCUCACAGGUGAAGAACGUCUGUGAGAGUAAGAGCAAGCUGAUCUCCCACUUUUGGAAGACGCACAUGGCUUCGAAGCGAUGCCCCCACUGCAAAACCGGAAAGUCAGUGGUUCGGAAGGAGCACAACAGCAAGCUGACCGUCACCUACCCUGCUGUGGCUCACAGAAAGGCCAAGGAGGACAAGGCCAAGAAGAAAGCAGAAAUCGAAGAUGCCCAAUUGGGGAAAAGGGGCUACUUGACCCCCAGCACUGCCCGAGAACAUAUCUUGGCUCUUUGGGAGAAUGAAGGUUUCUUUCUGAACUAUCUUUUCUCCGGUUUGGAGGAUCCUGGCGUAGAAUCCAAAUUCAAUCCAAAUAUCUUCUUUUUGGACCUUGUGGUAGUGCCACCUUCCAGGUAUCGCCCAGUCAACCGCCUCGGGGAUCAGAUGUUUACCAAUGGCCAGACGGUGAACUUGCAGGCUGUUUUGAAGGACGUGGUCCUGAUCCGCAAGCUUCUGGCUCUGAUGGCCCAAGAACAGGCCCUACCAAGUGAGGGCACAGGUGUAACAGAGAAGGAAAUCCAGGAUGGCUCCCCAGAGGAGGCAGAGUCUUCUGUUCCAAUGGACCGCUCCUUUCUUGCCAUGAUUCCAGGCCAGUCCCUCACAGAGAAGCUCUAUGGCAUUUGGAUCCGCCUUCAGAGCCAUGUCAAUAUUGUGUUUGAUAGUGACAUGGACAAGUUAAUGAUGGAGAAGUACCCCGGCAUCCGGCAGAUCCUGGAGAAGAAGGAAGGCUUGUUUCGGAAGCACAUGAUGGGGAAGCGUGUCGACUAUGCCGCUCGCUCAGUCAUCUGCCCAGACAUGUACAUCAACACCAAUGAGAUUGGGAUCCCCAUGGUGUUUGCCACAAAACUCACCUACCCUCAACCGGUGACUCCAUGGAACGUGCAGGAGCUGAGACAAGCGGUCAUCAAUGGCCCCAAUGUGCACCCCGGGGCCUCGAUGGUCAUCAAUGAGGAUGGGAGCCGCACAGCUCUCAGCACCGCUGACGUGGCCCAGCGGGAGGCCGUGGCCAAGCAGCUGCUCACCCCUGCCACUGGCGCACUGAAGCCCCAAGGAGCAAAAGUUGUGUGUCGUCAUGUGAAGAAUGGGGAUGUUCUCCUGCUGAACCGCCAGCCCACCCUACACAGACCUUCCAUCCAGGCCCACCGGGCCAGAAUCCUGCCUGCGGAGAAAGUCCUGCGGCUGCACUACGCCAACUGCAAGGCGUACAACGCCGACUUUGAUGGAGACGAGAUGAACGCUCAUUUCCCCCAGAGUGAGCUGGGCCGGGCCGAGGCCUACAUCCUGGCCUGUGCUGAUGAGCAGUACCUGGUGCCCAAGGACGGCCAGCCGCUGGCCGGGCUGAUCCAGGACCACAUGGUUUCCGGAGCCAGGAUGACCACCCGGGGCUGCUUCUUCACCCGGGAGCAGUACAUGGAGCUUGUGUACCGAGGACUGACGGACAGAGUUGGGCGAGUGAAGGUCCUACCUCCUGCCAUCCUCAAGCCCUGCCGGCUGUGGACGGGAAAGCAGGUUGUCUCUACGUUGCUAAUAAACAUAAUCCCAGAGAACCACAUCCCCUUGAAUUUGACUGGGAAGGCAAAAAUCAGUGGGAAAGCCUGGAUCAAGCAGAAUACCCAAGCGGCGCCAGGCUGCGGCUUGGAUGCCAUGUGCGAGUCCCAGGUCGUCAUCAGGGAAGGGGAGCUACUCUGUGGAGUCUUGGACAAGGCCCACUAUGGCAGCUCUGCCUACGGCCUGGUCCAUUGUUGUUACGAAGUCUACGGCGGGGAGACGAGCGGCCAAGUUCUCACGUGCCUGGCUCGCCUCUUCACGGCCUACCUGCAGCUCUACAAGGGCUUUACCCUGGGUGUGGAAGACAUUCUGGUCAGACCCCUGGCAGAUGCCAAGAGGCGGUUGGUCAUAGAAGAAUCCUCUCACUGUGGCCCCCGGGCCGUCAAAGCCGCCUUCAGUCUCCCCGACACGGCGUCGUGUGAGGACGUGCAGACGAAGUGGCAAGAUGCCCAUAUCAACAGAGACCAGAGGGACUUCAACAUGGUCGACCUCAAGUUCAAAGAGGAAGUGAAUCAUUACAGCAACGAGAUUAACAAGGCCUGCAUGCCCUUCGGUCUCCACAGAGGCUUCCCAGAGAACAACCUGCAGAUGAUGGUUCAGUCUGGAGCCAAGGGGUCGACGGUCAACACGAUGCAGAUCUCCUGUCUGCUCGGUCAGAUCGAGCUGGAAGGGAGGAGGCCCCCGCUGAUGCCGUCCGGGAAGUCACUGCCCUGCUUCGAACCUUAUGAAGUCACACCCCGUUCUGGAGGUUUCGUCACUGGCAGGUUCCUCACGGGCAUCAACCUCCCGUAGGAAUUCUUCUUUCACUGCAUGGCCGGGAGAGAAGGUCUGGUAGAUACUGCCGUCAAGACAAGUCGAUCAGGAUACCUCCAGAGGUGCAUCAUCAAACACCUGGAAGGGCUGGUGGUUCAGUACGACCUCACGGUGCGCGACAGCGAUGGGAGCGUCGUCCAGUUCCUGUACGGAGAGGAUGGGCUGGACAUCCCAAAGACGCAGUUCUUGCAGCCCAAGCAGUUUCCUUUCCUGCUCAGUAACUACGAGGCAAUACGGAAGUCAAAGCAUCUGGAUGAAGUUUUAUCCAAAAUGGACCCCACGCAGGCCCAGCAGCACGCCAGAGCCCUCAGGAAGUGGCGUGCCAGGCAUCCCCCGCCCUGCCCCAGGCAGGGGGCCUUCCUGAGCUACUCUCAGAAAGUCCAGGAGGCCGUCCGGGCCCUGAGCCUCAGUGGCGGGAGCCAGAAUGGCCGGGACCCCAGUGCACAGAAGAUUUUACAGAUGUGGUCCGAGUUAGAUGAGAAGAGCCAACGGAAGUACAUAAAGAAAGCCCUGCCCUGCCCCGAUCCCAGCCUGGGCGUCUGGCGGCCAGACGUCCACUUUGCGUCUGUGUCGGAGACGUUUGAAAGCCAGGUGGACGCGUACGCCCAAGAGUGGGUGGCUCAGGCCGAGAGAAGCCAUGAGAAAUCCGAGAUUUCUCUGGAGAGGUUGAAGACCCUGCUCCAUCUCAAGUGGCAGCGGGCCUUGUGUGACCCGGGGGAAGCAGUGGGCCUCCUGGCUGCCCAGAGCAUUGGGGAGCCCUCCACACAGAUGACACUGAACACUUUCCACUUCGCCGGCAGAGGAGAGAUGAAUGUCACGCUGGGAAUUCCGAGACUGAGGGAGAUCCUCAUGGUGGCCAGCUCGAACAUCAAGACGCCCAUGAUGAGCGUGCCAGUGCUCAACACCAAGAAAGCCUUGAAGAGGGUCAAGAGCCUGAAGAAGCAGCUGACCAGAGUGUGCUUGGGCGAGGUACUGCAGAAAGUCGAUGUCCGGGAGUCCUUCUGCAUGGAAGAAAAGAAAGGAAAAUACCGGGUUUACUGCCUCCGCUUCAGCUUCUCCCCUACAAGUAUACCAGCAGGAGAAGUGCCUGCGGCCCCCGAGGAUAUUCUGCGUUUUGUAGAAACCAGGUUCCUUAAACUCCUGCUGGAGGCCAUCAAGAGGAAGAGCAGCAAGACAGCAUCCUUCAAAGCUGUGAGCACGAGGAGGGCGACUCAGCAGGACCUGGACGAUGAUGGCGGGGAGACGCCAGCCAAUCGGGAGGAUCGGGAGGGCGACAACGAAGGGGAAGAGCAGAUCGUCGAUGGCGACGCUGAAGAAGGGGACGCUGAUGCUACGGACAAGAAGUGGAAAAAGAAGCAGGAGGAAGAGGUAGAUUAUGAGAGUGAGGAAGAAGAGAAUGAAGAGGAGAAUGAAGAGGAGAAUGAGCAAGAGGAGGAGAGCCCUAACAUGGAAGUGGGGGGCCCUGAGGCAGGGCCCCAAAACGGGGAGGGCAGCCAGGGCCCGGAGACCGAGCAGCCAGAGCCUGCCUCACUGGUGCCCGGCAAGAAGCGGGCACGCAGACAAGGCCCCUGCAGAGCGGACGCCGAGCUGAGGGUCCAGGCUGUGCGGAACAUUCACUCAUCCAUCCAGGAUUACACAUUCGAUAUGGAGGAAAGCCUGUGGUGCGAGGUGACGCUGAAGCUGCCGCUGAUGAAGGUGCACUUUGACCUGUGCUCGCUGGUGGUCUCCUUGGCCCACAGUGCCGUCGUCUACCAGACCAAGGGAAUCACCCGCUGCCUGCUCAAUGACACCGUCAACAAGAAGCAGGAGAGGGAGCUCAUCCUGAACACGGAAGGCAUCAACCUGCCGGAGCUGUUCAAAUACGCAGACGUCUUGGACCUUCGCCGUCUCUAUUCCAAUGAUAUCCACGCCAUGGCUAACACGUAUGGCAUAGAGGCUGCCCUGCGAGUGAUCGAGAAGGAAAUCAAAGACGUGUUUGCCGUGUACGGCAUCGCAGUGGAUCCCCGGCACCUCUCCCUGGUGGCUGAUUACAUGUGCUUUGAGGGCGUUUACAAACCGCUAAACCGCUUUGGGAUUCAGUCCAACUCCUCCCCUCUGCAGCAGAUGACGUUUGAGACCAGCUUCAAGUUCCUGAAGGAGGCUACCAUGAUGGGUGCCCAUGAUGAGCUGAGGUCCCCUUCGGCUUGCCUGGUGGUCGGGAAAGUGGUCAAGGGAGGGACCGGCCUGUUUGACCUCAAGCAGCCCCUGAGAUAGCCGCGGCUCGCUCCUCUUUCCCUCUGGUCAGUGUGUGAGACCCGAGGCUCCCACCGCACUCAUCUACCUCAUGGGAAGGACCCCUGGAGAACUCUGGGACGGGCUGGUGACAGCUGCCACCGUCGUGACCUUCCCCAUUCAGAUUCUCUCCCGCCCCUUGGCUGUGUCAUCGUGGAGCAGGCUUGGUCCCCGUUUGCUAUCCUGGCUUCCUCCAGAAGCCGCCAAGCACUAGUUGUGGGCAGCCUGGGACUCAGGGCCUGCGUUCUGAGGGACGGAAUAUCCACAGAUAUUGGAAUAUUCAGAAUAAAUGUAACAUUGAGAGACUCA